AAUGUAGACUUCUGCGGAUGAGUCAUAAACAUGGGAGACUGUCUUUGAGGAAAAGCGAUUGUCGCUUCUCUGGGAAGCCGAACUGCUUUUAGCCACAGUGACAUCAUAAGUGAAGGGAAGGCUCUAAUCGCGGGAUGACUGAGUUCCUUGAUUGUUAUACAUGUGUACUGGACAUGGCUUUAUAUAGAGCUCUCAACUGUACACUGUUAAACAUUAACAGCUGUAUGAGUUUUUCAAGUCCUCUGCAUUGCUCUAUAUUUGUGACGUGACGUGGGCAGCAUUAGAACAAGAAUCGUGUGGUCUUGCAAAGUAUCCUUGAAUGAAGAACUUGCAACAUCAUCCGCAUGUACGCUAUUGUGAAUCUGAGAGUGAUACAUGUUUUUCAGGAACUUCUAGAGAUAUUUUAUUUUUUCAGAAUUGGAGAUGAACAUAUUGGAGAAUAAUAGCGAGUAACCUUUACUAAUUUGCAAAUGUGUCUGAGAGUUAUAAAAGAAACUUCAAUUUGUUUUUCUCAGAAUUGAAGAUGCAGGAACUUUUGCUAUUAUGAGUGAUAUAUCAGGAAUUAAGGUUUUUAUUUCUCAGAAUUGGAGUAUCUGCUAUUGUAGGUCUGAAACUUUGAAAGGAAGAUUUGAGGAACUACCAUAGAGGAUUUCCCCUCAGAAUUGGAGAUUCAAUACUUCACUUUGUAUGAUACUAAAUAAAUAAAAAAAGAACAAAAAAAAUAAGUCCAAUGUGUUCGAGGGAUGUUUCUAUAAAAGGAAUAAUCAAAUUCACUUGAGGAUGGCAUUAUUUGGCUGAGUUCUUCACAUCCUUUUCUGGCUGGUUCUCAGAAGUUGUGUACCUGAUACUGUAGGCCUACAUCCUUCCUUGUGUGGGAUUCCAUACAAUGUGUUCUGAUCAAUUUGGCCAUUGACUCCCCUCCCUACAUGUACACAUCCUACAUUGUUUGUUGCUGACAUUGUUGAUUUCGUAUGUAAAUGUACAUGUACAUGCUGUGAGCCCAAGGUUGUAAUCAACAUCUAUUGUACAUUUGUGAAUUGAAGUGAACAUUUCCUUGGAAAGGGACAAAUACAAUUAUGGACUACAUGUUUGCUGAAUUUUGGUAAUCGCAAGUUGGAAAACACUUAAACAAGUUUUAAAAAGUGGAAUAGUGUGUACUAUAAUUCUUUCACCAUGAUGAAAAAGUGCAAAGUCCUCUACGACUUCACGGGCGAAGCAGACAACGGGGAGUUGACGAUUUACGAGAAUGAGGUCCUACAGAUUGUCCGUCAGGACGUCGGCGAGGGAUGGUGGGAGGCUCGGAACCCCGGCGGCCAGCUUGGCCUGGUACCAGAGGCAUACGUUGAGAUGAUUGAGGACAAUCAAGGCAGCCCUCCACUCACAACACAGCAAAGUACAGUUUCACAAGAAGACGAUUGGGAUGACGAAUGGGAUGAUAGAGCUAGCCAAUCAAGCUAUGAUGCUCAGCAGCAGCGGAAGAAGACCCUACGUAUCAACCUAGCCAACAAGGUCCUUUCCCCCGCCCCCUCCUCCCCCUCUCCCUCCCCCACCUCCCCUGGCAUCAAACGCCACCAAUCAAUCGACACGUCCCCUUCCCCGGAAAUAGCCGGUGAUAGGCACUUGUCCCCGCUGCAGCGUCGCUUUGCCGCGAGCCUCCGACACAGCAUGUACCUCGGCUCGUUGGAUAACGGCGACGCUGCCGAGGAUCACGAUAACGUGCCCGACGCGAGCAACGGCCGUUCGGUAGUGAGGGAGGGGAGGGGUCUUAAGAGGGGGCCUGGGAGGGGGCAGUCACGCACUCUGGAUAGAUACCAAUCUGAUUCAGGUUUAAACGGAAAUAAUUACGGGCUUUCAGCACCAAACCGACAAUUCAAACAGAGGGGCAAUGAAUCAACGGCCCGGUCGGGAACGGUCAAAAAGAACUUUGCCAGUCGUUUCUCAGUAUUUGCGAAGACGGGAGGAGAAGCAUAUUUAUUGGGAGCAGCAUCGAAGAAGGGAGCAUCGCCAGAUGGAAAUAUCAGAAUAAUUGAAGCAGAGGACGGUCCAAGAUGGGAAGAGACAGUGGAUAAAUACACGUGCGAGAUUAAGAAUCCCAAAAAAGAAAGUAAACUGAAAGGAAUGAAAAGCUUCAUCGCCUACCAAGUUACACCAUCAAAUACUGGCAUUCGGGUGAGUCGGAGAUAUAAACAUUUUGACUGGCUGUACGAGAGGCUAGCGGAGAAGUUCACGCUUAUCAUUGUUCCACCACUCCCAGACAAACAAGUAACAGGUCGUUAUGAGGAAGCUUUCAUUGAGAAGAGAAUGGAUCAACUACAAAGGUGGAUGAACAGAAUGACCGCUCAUCCGGUGAUAGGGCCUAGUGACGUCAUGAUGCAUUUUAUAUCUUGUACAGACGAAAAGCUCUGGAAACAAGGGAAGAGGAAGGCUGAGAAGGAUGAAUAUUUAGGAGCAGCUUUCUACCAAAAUAUUGAACCCCCUUCCAAUAAUCUUGACAUAGCAACCAUUGAGAGGCAGCAUGACACAUUCACACGGUUUACCAAGAGCUUCGACACCAGUGUGGCACAGAUAUCACAAGUUAUACAUGACUACAGCAAGAAACAUUUAGGACCUUUCAAGAGAGAAUACCAGAAAAUCGGCAAUUCCUUCACAGAGUUAGCAACGACCUUUAACCUCGAUAACAGGCCGAACCCUCAAGGAACUGAUGAUCCGCCACAAGGAUCAGUUCAACUGACGGAAGCGCUCAACUUCACCGGAAAGACGUAUGAGGAGAUCGGACAGCUGUUCUACGAGCAACCGAAGUACGACCUGCAUCCGUUUGAGGAUUUCUUGAAGGAAUACGGCGGAAUGAUGUCGUGCUUUCCCGACAUGAUACACUUUCACAAGCACACGAUGCAGACGGUGAAAGAAUGUCAGAAACAGCGAGAAGAACAGAAGAUGGAUUUUGAGGAAGCCGAGGCCGUCAAGCGACGAGCUGAUGUCAUCUCUUAUGCAAUGAUGGCGGAGGUAAACCACUUUCAUCGGGAGCGAGUGGAAGACUUCAAAUGGAUGAUGCAAAUCUACCUAAAGGAACAAAUCAAAUUUUACAAGAGCCUCACGAUCAAGCUCGAAGAGGCGCUUCAAAAGUACGACGAACUCGAUCGGUAAAACCAUCUCAAAUCUCUCGCGCAAGAAAAGAAUGAACUACAUGUACAUGUAUAGUGCCAGACCCGGAGUGCUUCGGUCUGUGGUGAAACUCGCUCGCUCGCUCGCUCGCAUGCAAUGGUGUUAACUCUUCAUGCUUCUCAUCUAUCAUUCAAUCAUUAAACAGACGACUCAUCAGAGGAUGCACUGAUUGGGUCAGGAUGGAGGGAUGGGCUGACUUGUGCAACUUGGACAGAACCAGAUGAGGAACCGUGCCAUUAAGCCCAGAGGGAUGUUUCACAAAGAUUUAAGUAUGACUCGGAGCCGCGCUUCAAUGCCGACGUGUACUCGAUAUGAAACGCGCAAUCUUCUUGAUCGAUUCGCAGAAAUGCACAUUCUCAUGGCAUCAUCUGACCAAUGUGGUGAUAUCUUGUAUACCGCACGUAACUAGGCAUUUAAGUCAUACUUAACUCUUUGUGAAUCUCCCCCCCCCCCCCCAGAGUUAUGAAAUCUGGGCCCCAUUGCAUAAAAAAUUACUAUUGUAAGUGUGCCAUUCUAUGGUAACUACCAUGGUAACACCGAUAAACAGCAAAUCAAAAUCAAGGAUUCCAUGAAAGGCAAAGCUACAUUUACCGUUAUGGUAACCUUUGUGUAGAAGGAUGCCAGGACAGGGGCCCGUUGCAGAAAGAGUUGCAGUCAAUCACAACUCUAAAAAUCAUGCGCAACUUGAUUUUCAACCAAUCAACAGCGCGCAUUAGGGACUUGCGAUUGAUUUUUGGACUUGCGUUUAAACGCAACUCUUUCUGCAACGGACCCCAGUUCUUUGAGUUAUCUGUAAAGUUAUGAAUGACUCUGCGCAAAACUGAUUAUUCGUGCUUUUACAAAGACAUGCAUAACUUGAUGACCAGCUUCAUGAAAAGCUGGCAGCCUGAAAAUAUUGACUAUUAUAAUUGACAUUUGAUAUUUUUAGUUUAAGUAUAUUGGAGAAGAUAUAUAUAUAUUUCAGUACAACUGGAUAUUGUAUACAAUUUUCAUGAUAGCGCUGUCGCAGUAACUUCACCAGAUGAAUCUAAGCUCUUGAUUCGCUAUCUUCUCAGUUUUCUUUAAUCACUGAUUCAUGGCUUUUCAGUGUUUGAAAUGUUUUUUGAGGAACCAUCGUUCCGAACAUUUGAAGGUGCCAUGUGAAAGCAUGGGCAGGAUUUAACCCCUACCCCCCCCCCAAAAAAAAAGUGAUGGUUAUGAAUUUUUCUACGUAAGUAACUUCUGUAGGAACUCAGCGGCACAGCUUUCAACUACAUUAAGGCCAAUCUCGUACAACAAAUUACGUAAGGAACAUUUUAUUUCUAACUCAAUCAGUCAUGCCGUUACAGCUGCUGACCAUAUGGACAGUAAUUACUCUCGGCUUUCUACCACGUUAACGCCAAUCUCGUACAACAAAUUACUUAAGGAACAUUUUAUUUUUAAGUUAAUUAGUCAUGCCGUAGUUGCUGACCUUAUAGACAGUAAUUACUCUCGGGUCCUUUUGUGGUUAAAGUUUAGGCAAUUGCCGAGUGGGGAUUUGAACUACGAACCUCGUAAUCAUGAGUCAGAUGCUCUAACCACUAGACCACUCGACCAUCAUCUUGGUUUACUGUAAAUCCCUGUUAUUUCACAAGAAUCUGUUGAAACAUCCAAACACUGCCAUGAUGUAAUAGUCACCAGAGUACUUAAACCACUCCAAUGCAUUCAAUUCUAGAUUAAAUUCUAAUUCUAUUUCAAUCUAGAAUUCAAUUUUUGAUUGAUUUUUAAUUCUCAAGAAUUAAAUUGUAAUCCGCGGAACAAGUAUGACUCAUUUCGGAGGAGCUGAUUUUCUCAUUUUUUUACUUUAUGAAUACCAAAUUAGUAUCUAGGCCUUUUGCAGAGAACAUUCUCCGACAACUUUAAGUUUGGUUUAGGGAUGGUUGCGACCCGUAACACAAAGGUUAGCGAUUAAUUGUACGGUUGAUUUUUAUGAUUGAUUGUUCAUUUUAGGCCAUUCAAUCAGUUGUAAAAAAAUGUGCUACGAUCAUUGCUGCACUUUAUGUUAACGGGUAAUAGGUCACAUAUUUGACACAAUCUAGAAAAUGAUGCUGAGCUUUGCAGCGUUAUUGUCCUGUUUUGUGAAAUUGGUUCCAUGUACAAUUUCUAUAACACAUUUACUAACAGCCAAUCGCAUUGAAUCAUUUCAGUAGCUUUGAACUGGUAUAACAAAUUUAUAAUCAUGACAUGUUUCAUGGAAACCGGGCCUCAUUUGUGAACUAGGAGGUUUCAUACCAGUAAUUUCAAUUCCACUUCAGGUUUUUUACGGCAUCAACGAGCUUUCAAUUUUCUACGAUUGUAGAUAUAAAUUUCUACAGGCAAAAACAAACUACCUUUUUUCUUAUAAAAAAAUUAAUUGUAGAUUAAAUGUAUCGUCUGAUUGGUGUUUUAUAACCGUUACACUGGAAUUGUCAGUUUGGUGUGGUAUACAGUAACCUAAUUGGUAAAGGCUGUCCUUUGAAGGCUUAAAUGUGGCUUAAAAUUUAACUUAAAUUCUCCGUAAGGUGCGAUAUAUAUACACAUCAGCAUACAUAUAUAUCAAAGAUCAUUGUCAGGAUAUAUGCCCUGAGUUAGUUGGCGAGAUUGCACUGCCAUGCAAUCGAUCACCCUUUAACACGACUUAAAUUACCAGAUACCGUUUGUACGUUGGCACUUGAAAGUGACUUAAAUCACACUUAACCCUUUGUGAAACAGCUCCCCCGAUAGGUAUCCACUUUUACAAAUAUCAGGGUUGAUAUUUAUGGAGCAUGCCAAUAAAUCAAAGAUUUUAAUUUCAAGGUCUGAAUUAUCUGUUGAUUGGAAGAAAUUUGAUAUAAGGUCCUUGUAAACAUGACAAGUACUGUUGAAAUAAAAAAUAUAUACAGGCCUGCCAACUACUUGUACUCCUUUUUUCCAGGAGUUACCCCGUUUUUGAGAUAUUUUAUCAACCAAAAAGAGGAGCACUCCCUUUUUCCAUUAAUUUAAAUCAGCCCAUUCGUGGUGGGGUUUUGGUGUGUGUAUGUGUGUAUGAGUGUAAGAUUAAUAUGGUUUUUGAACACUUGUAAUUUCUCAAUAUUGAAAUAUAAUAAUGCGAAACAGGUUUUAAAAAUUGAAAAUAAACGAGGGAGACACACCUGACAUCGAGCAGAAAAAUUCAUGCCUUUUUUCCGUUUUCAGAUGUUUGCAGGCCUGAUAUAUAUAUUUUUGUUUUCAUUCUUCCAUCUGUUCAUCAACACCACAAGAUAUCGAUACAUGUACAUAUUAACAUUAACUCCUGUCUCGUACCCCGUUCAUGUAUGUCAAUACCGCAAAAUUGUGAUAUUGCCAAUGCACACCAGUUUAAGCCCUUGUCAAUCCCCGUUCAUAAACUCCACAGAAUACCACUCCGUAAUAUUACUUCAGUAUUGCUGUACAUGUAUUUUGACUAAGGUUUUUAUAAAAAGGGGCACAACCCAAUAAUAGCUGUAAUCUAUACAGCCAAUUCAGGGUAUCUACCUAAUGCUGAAUAGGCCUAUCCGUAUACAUUACAACCAAAAUUAUAGCUUAUUUGGUAUUGAUCACAUGGGUGAUUGUUUAACAUGUUAAACAUUUGGGGGCGCCGUAGUCUAGUGGUUAAGACCCAGCGUGUAUGCAAAUUUUCAUGGCAAUCGCACAAUCAGCGGCCGAGAACUGAAGGGGGAGGGUCAAAUUACCCCCCCCCCCCCCCGCUGUAUAUCCAGGGUUCUGCAACACAAAGGUUAGCGAUUGAUCGUACGCUUGAUUUUCACGAUUGAUAGUACAUUGUAGUCAAUGCAAUCAAUCGUAGAAAAAUGCUCUACGAUCAUUGCUAAGUUUUGGUUCACGGGCCCCUGGUCUGAAAUAGCCCAGUUAAAUUAGGGGUAAAAGAUGAGAAACUAUAAAUCAACCCACUAUAUUCAUGAGCAUACGCAGUGUUGGAGUGGAUUAUAUUACAUUAUUCAUUAUCGAAGAAAAAAAAUAAUUGUAUGAGUACAUAAAGUUAUUAAAGUGAUUCAAAUAUUGAAAUGAUAUAGAUAUUAUAUUUUUACAAUGAAAUCUUUAACAUGAUAUAUUAAUUGUUUAUGUAGAUUAGAGCAUGUGUACAAAAGGCAUAGGUUUUCAUUUCCAGUGUUGUUUUAGUGUUUAGACAGAUUACUUCUCGGAGUGUUAGUGUUAGUGCAUUAAUUGCCCCCUUUGUAUUGUCUGUUACACCUGGUGCUAUGUUUAACACCCAACACCAAAUCCUAUGUUACAGGUAAACCUGUAUGUGCUUCUGCAGUGUUAGACUUUAAGUGUUAGACUUUAAGUGUUAAUUCAGCAAUCUCCCUUUGUAUUAUCUGUUAACACCUGAUACGAUGCUAACACCCAACACCAAAUGAAUGGAUACAAAUGUUGUCUUAGUUUUUUCCUCCUAUGUGGGACGCUAAUUUGAAAGGGGAAUUACAUUUCUAUAUGAAAUUUAGGAAAUACAUCUUUAUUUCUUGAAGCUUCAUGAAAUAUUUCUUUUU